AUGGGUGGGGGUCCCUUCUUGAAAAAUGAAUUGACGAAGUCAGCCAUGAUGUGGAAUGGGACAGUGACAGUGUCAGAGUUUGUACUACAUUGUGCGAUAGACCCUGAGCAGAGGACCAUUACAAUCGUGUCACUUGCUCUCAUCAACUUGGUGACACUCAUUGGAAACCUGCUAGUAAUUGCAGUUAUCACUAUGAACCCUCAUCUCAAGACACCGAUGUUUUUGUACAUCUGCUUCUUAGCCAUCAUUGAUGUCGUUAACAGCACCAAUGUUAUACCACGUAUGCUGGCUAUCCUGCUCUUCAACUCUUCAACCGUGCCUUACGGACCCUGCUUACUGCAGCUGCCUGUCGUGUACUACCUUGGGGUUUUGGAGGGCAAUCUUUUGCUAGUUAUGGCCUGUGACCACUAUGUGGCAGUGGUUUAUCCCCUGAGGUAUCCAUCGAUUGUUACGAGUAAAGUCGUCUGGGCCAGCAUCUUCCUGGUGAACAUUAUUGGUGCGGUGAUCCUUACGCCAUACCUGGUUUAUGUAAGAGAACUCUCCUUUUGUCGCACCAAUGUCUUGCCUUACUGUUUCUGUGACUAUGCGACAAUGGUUCAAAUCGCAUGUACCGAUGACCCCAAUUAUAUUGUCAUUUUGUCCAUCACAACAGGAAUAUCGGCAUCAUACUGUGUGACGCUGACCCUCUUUUCCUACUACAAAAUCGCUCGAGCUGCUCUGAAGAUCUCCUCCGUCAAAGGGAAACAGAAGGUCUUCAGUACUCUGCUGACCCACCUGCUCUGGGCCUCUUCUAUUGCCCUCUGA